GAGAAGUACAAGAAAAUGAAAGACAGGGCAGCUCUUUUGAAAGGCAGUUUACAUAAGGAUGGUGCACCACCUAGCCGCAUGAGCUUUCCUGUAUGACAAUUUUCCGGGGCAUUGUAUUGGAUGAAGAGGCCCAUGAAGUUCCCUCCACGGUCGUCAGAUCUAACAUCUAUGGACUUUUACUUGUGGGGAAGUGUGAAAGAUAACGUCUAUCAAAGGAAGCCACACAUGCUGAAGAAAGUGAUGACCUUUGAAAGAUGGUGGUGUGUUUUAACAGAUGAACUUGAUCUCUGCAUUCAGAGAUCUGUGGAGAACAAAUUUACCACACUUCAUUAAAAACAGAUUUGCUUGUGGAUUCCCUAAAGACUGGGUACUGUUAAGAAGAAAGUGGAUCAUGUUUUUAAAAGCAGGUUUGCCUGCACAAAUUGCAUCUAAGUUCAAAUGUGGAAUGCCACGGUUUUGGCAUAAGGUUUUAUAUAUGUGGAUUGUCUACGCUGACAGUAUUGAAGGUGAGACUCUUUCAUCAGUCAUAAACUUGUGGCAGACAACAGCAAAGAGAAAAAUAACAAUGUACCAGAGAAACUAUGUAAUGAUCAAGGCUCUAAUGCUUUGCCUUGAAGAAGUUCUGCAAUAUGUUCAACUGAGGACAAAAAAUGACAAAGCUGUUAAAAAGAAAAAUGAAGAGUUUAUUCAUAUCUCAACAGAAUAUCAGGCUGUAAAUGAUGUAUAUGCAGCACUUCUAAAGGGAGAACCAAUCACAAAACAUGUAAUAUUGAAAUCAAUGAAUGUUGUCAGUGAUAGUUCAUCUGAAUAUCUCGACUGA